GGGACUGGAUAUGACUUUUUAAAAGUUGGUCCUUUUCGGUGAAGAUGAUGUUUUGUGGUACACGUGUAAUUUCGUAACCUGUGAAGAUGUGCCAAAUUUCGCUCAUAAGUAGGUGUCUUAGAUGAACGGACGAUGGAAAUACUAACCUGUAAAAUGGGCGAAGAAAAGCUAAACCUACCAAGAUAGCGAAGAUAUAAGGGUAACAUUUGAAGCUGAAAGUUUCAGUUGAAAGCCCAUAUAAAGUUUUUUUUCCGAGCACGAUCUCUUAAAUGAAGGCAUUACGCUUGCGUAAACUCGCGUUUUCAUUGAGGGAAUAGACGUGUCCUUUUCUCGCUAACUAAUCAAUACGUUGGAAAGCGAAUGACGUCAAACGCUUUUCAGGACUUUUUAUUGGUCGCGAAACCAUCGUACGGUUUGGACGAAUUCGCAUGAAUGAGCGGAAAACGCGUUGCUGCAAAAAAAAGUAGUAAAAAGGGAAGAAGAAGAUUGAAAUCGUCGCGCGCGGUUGUACACUUCCGUCGUCGUUACAAUUUUAUACAUAUUUCGAAAGUUUGUAGCAGCAAAGAGAGAAAAAAAAGAAGACCCGAAUCGUGAGUAUAGACAUUUUCGCGAAAUAAGCCAUCGCUUGGCUUUUGAUCUUGGAGUGUUUGUGAAAAAAAAAAAAACGCGCGUUUGUUGGUGUCGGUUUAGAGACUAGAACGUCGCGCGAUUCGCGUAAAAAAUGUAGCGCGUGUUGUCGCGCUUUUCCUAACAAAAUGGAUGACUCGUCGCGUUAUUAUGUUCAUUAUCGUUGAAAAUUGGCCGUUCAAUUUGGUACUGUACAGCUUUGAAAAUGAUUUGGUGUCGUGUUUCGAGCGAAUUAUCGUCAUCGUUUUAUGUUGUAAUCUUUUAAUACGCGAACGUUCGUCGUUUGCCGUACUAAUCCGACGAUACAGUAUGGAAACCGAAAUGCCCGAUUUAUCGCAUCUCACUCCGGAAGAACGUAGGGUCAUCGAAAACGUAUUGAUGAGGCAGAGGCAAGAAGAAGAACAAGAGAGGCUUAUAGUCGAGAAAAAACGCGAAGAAAUGAAGAUCCUGGAAGAAACGAUUCAAAAACAAAGAAACGAAAUGCACAAAAAAGCCGGCUCAGACAUGGAGGCUACUUGUCACAUAUGCAUGAAGACGAAAUUCGCCGAUGGCAUAGGUCACAUCUGCAAUUACUGCAAUAUACGUUGUUGUGCCAGAUGCGGUGGGAAAGUUACUUUACGCUCAAACAAAGUGAUCUGGGUAUGUAUAUUGUGUCGAAAAAAGCAGGAGCUUCUGGGUAAAACCGGCCAAUGGAUAAAUCAACGAAUGUCUUCCAACGAACCGGUCUCGAAACCCGAACAAGAUCGCGAUCUAUCCGUGCUUUCGGACAAACGAGCCAAACUGGAGCGUACCCAAAGCGCGGCCGAAAAGGAAAACCAACCACUAGAGCGUAGCGGCAGCUUACUCAGACGUCAGUAUUCGCACCAAGAACAGAGCAGCCGAUCGUCCGACUCGAUGACCAGAAUGGAGAAGAACCGCAGCCGUGAAGAAGAGAUGAGACAGCGCAAAGAAAUGGAAGCCAGACAGUCGACCGGCAGGCACAUGCGUCGCGGAGAAAUCAGCGGCUACAAAAGCGACUCGUAUACAUCCGAGAAAUCUUUAGAUCGACUAGAAAAUCCACCCCAAAGAUCGGGAUCCUCUACUGUGAUAUACCCUUCUCCUUCUCGAAAACAUAGACGAAGUUCGAAAGGAGAACCACCUCUUCGUAAAGAUAACCAAAUGGGAAUCAAAUCCCAAAAGAAUUUACCACAUCAGUCUUUCUCAAGUUCGGACGAUGAACUGAAAUCGUUAUCGGAGUGUACCAGCGAAGAACGCGAUUACGACAAAAAUAUUCAUUAUGAAAAUAGUUUAUCUCGCGACAGCGACGUGAAUUUGCAUCUGAUAUCGUCGGAAAUUAGUGAGAAUUUACGAAGGGAGGCGAAAACUGCUUUUGUAGCAUUAGCGGAGGCACGCAGACUCAAGAAAAUGGUUAGGUUUGACGGGUCCAGACAAUCUACCAAAGAUUCUGGUAUUGAUAUGGGAAGUUCUAUUUGUACGUCUAUUGAAGACUCUAACAGUUUUUUUAAGAAUCCAUUAUCGUGGAAAACUAGUCCGGACGGAAAACAUUUAGUCGGUCAUAUGAUAUUGAAGAAAAGUGGCUGGGAUGCGGACGGUGGUAGUUCUAGCGCUACCAUGUUAGGUUUGAAAAUCGUCGGAGGAAAAUUAUUGGAGAACGGUAGACGCGGAGCUAUUAUUGAAAGAGUUAAAAGAGGCAGCGUUGCCGACUUGGAAGGACAAUUAAAACCGGGUGACGAAGUGCUAGAAUGGAAUGGUCGUUCGCUUCAACAAAAAAGUUACCAAGAUGUUCACGAUAUUAUCGCCGAAUCGAAGCAGGAACCGCAGGUUGAGUUAAUGGUAUUGAGAAAGAUACAACCGCAAAAAUCACUAGCAAAGCAACCCUACCCUCAUCGACGAGAUUCGCUGGACAGGCGUGAUAAAAUGAAACCUAGUGUGAUGAUUACGUCACCGGGUAGUCCGGACAUAAACACCAUUUAUAGAUCUCGUAAUUCUAGAUUUAUGCAAGGUGCAAAUUCCAGCAUCGGCGGACGUAUUCAGAUGAAGUUGUGGUUCGAUUCGAGUACGUUGAAUUUAGUAGUUACCGUAGUCUGCGCUGUAGGAUUAAUUCCAAGAAGCAACGGCCAACCCAGAAAUACGUAUGCUAAAUUAUAUCUACUGCCGGAUAGAAGUGAAAAAUCUAAACGAAGAACGAAAACAUUGGCGAAUACGAACGAGCCGAGGUGGAAUCAAAAUUUCAUUUAUUCUUCCGUUCGUAGAUCAGACUUGAAAGUAAAAAUGAUCGAGAUCUCUGUAUGGGAUUAUAUGAAAAAUAGUUUCAAUGAUUUUUUAGGAGAGGCUAGGAUAGAAUUAGCUAUAGCGCCAUUGAACAACGAAGCCGAAUGGAUUCACUUAGGUCCACACGAAGAAUUGGUUAUGCCAAGAAAUGAUUUUGGAUCGUAUAUUCCUUCGGAUCAUUUAUCACCCCCUUCGACUACAUCUCGUCUUUCGGAUUCUGACACCUCGGAUUUCGAUGACUCAAAUAGAAGAGUUGCUGACGGUGCUUCUAUUAGUAGUUUAGGAAGUUCGACGAGUCCGCCUCCUGAUUACGAGAAAAAUGAAAGAAGGAAAUCUCGUCGAGAUACCAUUUCGCCACAAGAUUACAAUAAAACGUCAUCGUACAAAGGAUCGUUAUACAAACAUCAAUCAUUGGAAAGAGAUGUUUAUACGAAGACGAGCUACAGCGGAUACCCUCAAAGAUCAAGAUCAGCAGCGCCUACAGAUACACCAAGUUUGCAUUAUCGUUCGCGGUCAAAAAGUCCGACUAGAGUUUACGAAAGAAGUCUUUCACCUACCAGUCACAGAGCUCAGUCGUAUGGAUCAGUUUACCCAGUUCCAGCUUACGGACCAAAGAUGUAUACUACACGUUCGGCAACGUCGACUCCGAUAUCAUCGCCAAAAAGAAGACUACUCCCAAAAAUUCCCGUUAGUGUGUCACCAGCAUUACGUGAACGAAUCGCUCAUGAUCUAGAAAAUCGAGGUUUAUAUUUUAAGAAUCGAAUGAGACAAACUCGUCCGAGUGGAGGAAGAUUUUCGGGAUGGAGCCGUCACCACUACAGCGGUCUGAGCGACGGUGACUUGCCGCACCAGCACAGAUCUCUAUCUCCUCCCAGCGCUCGUGAAUUGGGUUUUCUUUGUGGACCAAAAAAAGAGGGCGAUGUCGAAGAUAGUUAUAGCAUAGACAGCAGCACAUUUUCCACGCAGUCGGAGCAGCCGCAAAAAAGUCGUUUCGAGCUUUCUACAUUUUACAGCGAUUACGGAGCUAGAAGAGGUAGCUCGCAUCAAUCUCCUUCAACUUCGGGACCAGCCAUGGAAUCAUUAGAAAGAAGUCUAUCGCACAGCGACAUGCCAAGUGAUAAAAAUAUAGAGAGUAGUCUGAGUGAUUUAACGUUACAUAGUCUGCCCCCUUCGAAUGAGAGCCAGCGUAAUAAAUGCAGUCCGAACACCAGUGAAAGAGGCAGCGUUAAAAGUAUUCCUGGGGCCAGAGGAAGCCCCGACUCAUUAAGCAGUCUGCCAAAAAAAAGUAAUUCUACUUCUCAACUUUCCGCCACUGAUAAAUUUCGAAGAAGAAGGAAAUGAAUAUUUCGGAAAAUUCAGGGCCACGUGCUGCCGAUAUUGAAACCUAGAAAAACGAAGGGCUCUAUUUCAUUAUACUAAUUUUUCGCUUGGCUUUCUUUUUUUCUAUUUGAUAGCUUACGAAGCGUUUAAGUCUAAGUUAUUUUUCUCUUUCGACUGUUAUUUUUUUUUUUUACUUCGUUCGUUUGAUUUUGAUUUAUUCUUUAAUAUUGUUUUUCUUCUCUUUUUUUGGCUUUGUAUUUUUACAUGUUUAUUGUUUAUCUUACUUACCUACUCUUACCUGGUUACCUUAUUAAAGCACGCUUUUUACAAAAUCCCGCCCACACAACAUAUCAAAAUGCAAACUGGUUACCCAUGAAUUGUCAAUUUUGAUGGCAGAUUUUCUAUGCGAUAGGAUAUUUCCAAGUUUUCAUUAAAGUUUAAGGUUUUGGUUCAAAGUUGAGUGUGUGACUCGGAUACGAAGAACGAGAUGGCUCGAGUGACAAUUAUUUCGAGGUUGUUUGAAUUGAACGUUUCGAAGAAAAUCGCGAGAAUAAUUCUAAUGAUUGUUUCGAUGAUUGAUACGUCUACGUUUUAUAGAAUUGUGUACCUACCUUGCUACUUUGAAAAUUUGUUUGAAAAGAGUCAUUUGCACAAAUUUUUAUCUACCUACGUCAUCCUUAUUAUUUCCUCAUCGAUUAUCUUCAACUUAAAAGUUACCUACUGUUAUUUGUAGGCGAUUUGGAAAUUAAUUAAACAUGUUUAGGUAAUUUUCUGCAUUACGAAAUUUGCCACUUGUAAUGCUGUUUCACUCUUCGAGCAAAUAUUCAAAAAACCUAACUAACGCGAGAGGUACUUUUUAUUUGGUUGUUUGAACUGCGUACGCAUUUCACCUUAAAUAAUAAAUUUCGAUUCGUUUGAAACCCAGAAAGACUGUUUCGCAUUUAUUUCGUUCUUAAACGAAAAUAGUAUAACGUUAUUAACGUUGGAUUGAUCGUAACGACAUCGAGUAUAAGUAUUAGUUUAGUCAGAAAAAUUUUCUAUUGAUGCAUUUGUUGCUCUCGAACGCAAAAAUGACGAGUCUCCGAGUCGACUCAUCGAAUACGAAGUGAUUUUGAGUUACCAACUUCGACAAUUUUUUCGAAGAUUUCCCGCAGUAGGAAAAUAGACCUAGAUAGAUGUUUUAUCCUGAUCAUGAUGAAAAAAUGAAAAAAGGUUCGUGAAUUACGUAAACUAUUUACUUUUUGCUAGUGGAGAACAAAAUUACAAUAAAGCCCGCCGAGUUACCUAUUUUUUUUUUCGUAGUUUGCAUUUAACUACCUAUUUUAUACCUAAUAUUCUUUUUAUUAUUUUUCAAUUUAUUUACCUAUAGCUACGUAGUUGCAUUUUAUUUCUUCUUUCUGAAAAUUAAUUAAAUUACGUAUUAGAUAUUACCUGUUUAGAUAUUAUAUAGCUUUUAUACGUUCACUGCCAAAUCUAUUCUAGAUCAAUCACUGCCUUAUAUUUUUGUAGCACACGAAUAAUAAUUACAUAAUAGAAGCUUUUUAUUUUUACUUACCUUUUUUUUUUGCAAUAGAAUUUUAAUUUUCAGUAAGCAAUAAGGUAGAAAUUCUUUUGACACUUUUACUCUGUGAUGAGCAUUUCGACUAACUCUUUUUACUAUUUUUAAUACGUUUAUUCGAUCUCUUUAAAGUUUUUUUGGGCUUUAAUGAUUUUUUUAAAUUACCUAAUUAAUUGUUAAACGCUUUUAUGUUAUAUUCGUUUCUUUGUUCUUGGCGAAUUUAAAUGCUAACGAUGAUCAACUUUGCGCAAAGUUUGUGUGUUGAAAAAAAAAUCCAACUGGAAUCGAAUCGAAUCGAAUCGACAAAAUAAACACAUGGCAAAAAAAAUUUGCGAUUUUUCCCGCUCCCACCCCCUAAAGUGGCGACCUCGGGUGAGAAAAUAAUUCCCUAUUUUUUAUUUUUUCCAUUUUCAAAAAAUUCGGGCUGCGGUGGACCCCUCAAUUUUCCAAAAUUUGAAAAAACCUACUUCAAAGAAAAAUUUUUAAAAUUUCAAAAUUUCGAGUUCCAUCAUCUCUAGAAGGUCCUUUUUGAGUAAAAAAGACUUUUAUGACGAUAUUAGCCACCUCCCAUGAAAACCAAGCUGACCCCUCCAGGAUAGCUGAAAUUCGUAUGUGGGAUGUCCUAAAAUUAGUUGUUUUUGGUCUUUCCUCCUCCCAACCCCACAAAGUGGUGUCUUUUGGUGAGAAAAUGAUUUUUUAUUUUUUCCAUUUUCAAAAAAUUCGGGUUGCGGUGGGCCCCUCAAUUUUCAAAAAUUUGAAAAAAAACCAAUUCAAAAAAUUUUUUUUUUUAAUUCCAAAAUUUUGAGUUCCAUUGUCUCUAAAAGGUCCCUCUUGAGAGUCUUUCUUGAGUAAAAUAGACUCUCAUCACGAUUUUAGCCCCCUCCCAUGAAAACUAAGCUUACCCCACCAGAAAAGCUAAAAUACAAAUUUCAGUUAUUCUGGUGGGGUCAGCUUGGUUUUCAUGUGAGGGGGCUAAAAUCGUCAUGAGAGUCUAUUUUACUCAAGAGAGACCUUUUAGAGACGAUGGAACUCGAAAUCUUCGAAUUUUAAAAAAUUUUCUUUGAAUUGUUUUUUUCAAAUUUUUCAAAUUUUUCUUUGAAGUGGGUUUUUUCAAAUUUUUGAAAAUUGAGGGGCCCACCGCAGCCCGAAUUUUUCGAAAAUGGAAAAAAUAAAAAAUAGGGAAUCAUUUUCUCACCCGAGGUCACCACUUUAGGGGGUGGAAGCGGAAAAAAUCCCAACUUCAAAAAAAGGACCACCCUACCACCCUCCCAUUUUCUGGAGGAUAUCACUGAAAUUCGGGAAGACCAUCGACAGGUGCUUGUCGAAAAAUCUGACCACGGCUCCAGUUUACAUGGAGUAGGUUUAAAAAUGAUGUUGUGUUAAUAGAAUUGCAUACUCAGUUCGCCGUAAACACGAGUACAGCGCGGAUUAUGUAUGUAUUUACGGCGAACCGAGUAGGCAAUUUUAUUAACACCUUUUAUUUUAUGCGAUUUCUUGAAGAACUAGGUAUCGAACUUUAAAUGCUCCUGUCUCGAGACCGGUUGAACUUUGAGCAAAUCUGUUUACGGAGUUUUAAAGAAAAUAGAUUGGAGUUUUAAAUAUUGUCAUAAUAAUUUAUUGGAAAGCUUGCAAAUGAACUUUCAACGUGAAAGUUCAACUUUUGAUGAUAAGUGCAAACAUUAGGUAAGUGGCUAUCAUUUAAAAAUUUGAAAAAUUACUGAGAAGACCAUAUUUCAAUCUCGUUUUUUAACCUGGAGAGGAAGAGAAGGAUACAAAAGCCCUAAUUUUGGUCAAAAUUUAAAAAAAAAAAAAUCAUUUUUUUUUAGGAAAAAAUCAACCAAUGGCUGAGCUUGAUCGUCGUUUUAUAUUGUUUUAAAAUUAAUUUAGAUAUCAAUUAAUAUAUUUAUGUCUACUAAUAAUUAAUAAGCGUGCGAAUGACGCAUUUUUUAAACAAAAAUAGAUUAUUUCAUGCUACUUGUAUUUCAAGUUUUUUUUUCAAUAUUUAUGUCAUAUUUACAAAUAGAUGUGUAUCUACUACCUAAUCUGCUAAAAUUUAUGCUAUAUGAAUUAAAUUCAUAGCCACAUUGAAAUCAGUACUUACAUUUACUCGAAUAACUAUGAACACAUUAAAGAUUCAAUUUUGAAAAACGUUCGUUCUAAAACUUUAUAUUGGUAGCCUACACUAGACACUACCUAAUAACGAAGUACUGUACUUACUCGUUUUUAAAUCUAUCGCAUUUUUCAUUUGUAUGUUUUUCAAUUGUUCUUUUUUUCUUUUUUUUUCAAGGAUAAUUACUUAAUAUUAUUAUGGUUGUACGAGGAAUUCACACUAUUGACUUGAAAGUUUACUUAGUCGGCUUAAAAAUUAUUACUUACUAAUUUUUUUCUAGUUUUUCUACUUACCUAAGGUAUACAUUACAUGAUUUACUACCUAUUUUAAAAUGGACUUUUUUUUGGACACUUUGCCCUUUUUUUGCUUUAUAUUUCAGCGCUAUAAUAUACUUGUACGUAUAUAUAGAUAAAAAAUAAAUAUUUAUUUUGUUUACAAUAAAAAAUACUAUUAUUAACGAUGAGUGUUGAUGUGUUGAAACACGGUCGCGAACCAGUCGAAGGACGCGGAUUGUAUACCUACCUACGUGUGUAUUUUAGUUGAUUAAAAUUGAAGUUUAUACCUG